AUGCAUAAAGUUAUUGCGGCUGCUAUUGAUUCAAAUAUUCUUUCGUCCUCAGAAUCAUUUAUUGAUCAAUGUUCUCCACCAUCGAAACAUUUAGCUGUCGUAUGUUGUAUAGAUGCGUGUUUGGAUAUAUUUCGUAUUCUUGGAUUAAAACCAGGUGAAGCACAUAUUAUUCGAAAUGGUGGUGGUCGUAUUCGUGAUGCUAUUCGUCCACUUAUUUGUAGUCAAACAUUACUACAAACAAAAGAAGUAAUGAUCAUUCAUCAUACGGAUUGUGGUUUUACUUAUUUUUCAAACAAUGAUCAAGUUUUAACUACUCUUAAAAUAUAG